GGACAAGUUGUCCGACGCUCCUCCUUAAUUUUUAUAGAUCAUUUUCUCGAUUUGGGUUUUUCAAAAACAUUGAAUUUUGCUUUGAUUGACAGCAAAAACAGAGCAGAGAAUCAGAGAUUGUGGGCUUGUAGCGGAGUGAAAAGGCCAAGACUGGAGAGAGUGACAGAAACGCUCCAAAGGGAGAGACUCAGGAAAUGCAAGGCGCUCUCUCUCUCUCUCUCUCUCUCUCUCUCUCUCUGUGGCUCUGGGGUAUUGGGAAGCUAAAAUCCCAAGUCAGAAAGCAAUAAUAAAAAGCCUGGUGUUUUAAAAUUUAUUAAGAAGGGAGUCCUGAUACGCUAUCCUCCUCUUAAAGCACACCAAGAUUUUGUUCACUUCACUCACCCUUCUGCGAUAUCUCUCUCUCCCCAUCUUCUUCUUCUCCAACUGUAAAAAGUUGUAUGAGAUCAUCUUGUUUUACCUUUUCUUUGUUCUAAAGUGAUACAGGCAGAAAGAAUCACGACCCAAUCAGAAAAAAAGAUGCAGAGCUUCAAAGCAGCUUCAACAAACCCAGAGUUCUACUCCCACUCGUCCUUCUAUUUCAGGGGAGACGACAGUGACCGGAACCAAACGCGUUUUGCGGAUCUUGGAGAGCUUGAACAGUCCGCUACCGCCUUCCCUCCGGAUGAUGCUGUUGUUUUAAGCCCAAGCGCAGGCUCCAUGUUCAGCUUAAAAGCAAACAAUGUUAGUGUUGUACCUGAUGGCUUGCACUACGGUGCGUUGAACGUUGGGGGUUGUUUGGACAUAGGCUCAACCAUAACCGGAACAGGAGGAGGAGGAGGGGGAGGGUGUGUGGACACAGUACAGCAGCAACCAUACAUGUACCAGCAGCAGAAAGGAAGGCCGUCGUCUGGAAAUGGACACUUUGAGAAUUGGGGUGAUAAUUCAGCCAUGGCUGACAACAGCCAGCAGACUGACACUUCAACGGAUGUUGACACCGAUGACAAAAACCAACUUCAUGGAGUGCAGCAUGGAGCACUAGUGGUAGUGGAUUCCAUGGAGCAGGCAAAGGAAAGAACUGGUGACCAAAAGACGCUACGUAGGCUGGCCCAGAACAGAGAAGCAGCAAGGAAGAGUCGACUAAGGAAGAAAGCAUAUGUCCAGCAGCUGGAAAAUAGUCGACUUAGGCUUUCGCAGCUGGAGCAAGAGCUUCAGCGAGCCCGCCAGCAGGGUAUAUUUAUUACAAAUGGACUUCCAGGGGAUCAUGGUCAUUCAGUGGCAGGAAAUGGGGCCUUGACAUUUGACUUGGAGUAUGCACACUGGCUUGAGGAACAUCAGCGGCUAAUACAUGAUAUGCGAUCAGCUGUGAAUUGCCAUAUGGGAGAUAAUGAAUUGCGGAUUCUCGUUGAUAGUGUAAUGACACAUUAUGAUGAGAUAUUCAGGUUGAAGAGCAUCGCUGCCAAGACUGAUGUGUUUCACAUGCUCUCUGGCAUGUGGCAGACGCCCACUGAAAGGUGUUUUAUGUGGUUGGGUGGAUUCCGCUCCUCCGAACUUCUCAAGAUACUUGGGAACCACCUCGAGCCCUUAACAGAUCAACAGUUGAUGGGAAUAUGCAAUCUGCAGCAAUCCUCCCAACAGGCUGAAGAUGCCUUGUCACAAGGAAUGGAAGCUCUACAACAAUCUCUUGUGGAGACACUUUCCUCGGCGAAUCAUUGCCCCACAGGUUCUGGUAAUGUCGCCGACUACAUGGGCCAAAUGGCAAUUGCUAUGGGAAAGCUGGCCACACUUGAGAAUUUCCUUUACCAGGCUGACCUUUUGAGACAGCAAACUCUGCAACAAUUGCAUAGGAUUCUGACCACUCGCCAAGCAGCUCGUGCCCUUCUUGUCAUCAGUGACUACUUCUCUCGUCUCCGAGCACUAAGUUCUUUGUGGCAAGCGCGUCCUAGGGACUAAUGUUUAUCACUCCCAGCUCGACUCGCUUUAGGAAUUACGAAAAAUUAAAUCUGCUAUUUCCCCAGUAUUAGUAAACCAGCUCCAGUGCUGAGACCAUGAAGAUGGUUAACCAUCAAAAAUGUAAAUCAGGCACUUGAGACCCCGUUCCCCCCCUGCAUAUGAUGCUUUUCCAAAUGUCAAAGAUUAGGAAGGGUUCGGAUGGUGAUUGUCUAACAUGUAAUUAAGUAAUUAAGUAAAAGAAUGUCUUCUUUGGCAAGGGUGAGUGGAUGUAUACUAAUUUAACAUUAUGCUUACGCUAAUCUCAUCAGAUUGUCAGUGGGGACUGACGACUGAGCAUUUUUGGAGAUGUUGACGAACUGGCAAGUUGUUCCCUUCCUUGGCUUUUACGCAGGUCUCGCCUAAUAUUUAAAGGGUAAUGAUUUGCAUUA